AUGACCAUCCAUCUAGCCAUGGGUAACUGUUCCGCCUUCAAAGACGGCUCCCCAACCCCAGACCACGAGGCUAUACCGGCGAACCAGGACGAGGCGCGAACCCUUCCGGCUUUCAAGGUUACCGUGAUCCCGACCCUAUCCAUAGUUUCAUGGAUUACAGCGGUGAUGCGUGCUAUCAAGGAUUCACGCCCCGACGGCGCGCUCACAUAUUAA